UGUAAGUAGAAGCUGUCCGGCAGAUCAUAUUCGCAGUAGAUUGAGUGACAAAUUAUCAAAAGUUUAUGUCGGUGCGUUCAUUGCCGAUUGGUUAACCCUUCUGACCUGUAUCUAACGAAACAGUUAGCGCUUCAACAUGAUUCUACUACUGCUAUGUUCAAUAUGUUUAAUGUCGCUCAUCUGGUUGGUCACCACGGUGAUUAGCAACAUGUUAUUGUCUCGUGAACUUCAGCGCAAGCUGCCGAAAUUCCAAAGCAUUCCCGCAGUGCCGGUGCUGGGCUCGGGUUAUCUCUUCCGAAAGGAUCCAACGCCGCCCGGAAUUUUCGAAGCUUUCAAUCAAUUGCAUCAGCGCUACGGUAAUGAUAUGAUCAUGCAAAACUUUCUCAACGCACCGAAUCUGUUGGUCACCAGUGCAAUGGUGGUGAAGCAGGUGAUACACGCCAAAACGAUAAGGAAAUCUAUUAUCUACGAGUUUAUGAAACCGUGGGUAAACGAAGGUCUGAUUACGGCGUUGGGCAAAAAGUGGGCUCUGCGUAGAAAAAUCAUUACCCCAGCGUUUCAUUUUAAGAUUCUGGAAGAGUUUUUGACCACAUUCAACCAACAAUCGGAAGUAUUUAUCACCAAACUGCAGAAACAUUCUGGAAAAGGUGAUUUCAAUAUCUACGAGUACGUCACCCUUUGUACGUUGGAUAUCAUCUCCGAAACUGCCAUGGGGGUGAAAAUAAAUGCGCAGCAUAAUUCUACCUCAUCCUACGUGAAGUCUGUUAAAGAAAUGUCCAACAUUAUAUUCAAGCGGUUAUUCAGCAUGACUCGGGAGUACAGCAUAUUUUUCCGCGCAUCUAAGGCUGCCCAACGCCAAAAGGCUACGCUAUCCGUGCUGCACGGUUUCACCGACAUGGUCAUUCGGGAACGGAAAACACAGCUUCAAAAUGAUCUUCAGUCACAACGUUUAACACAGCAAAAGUUGGACGAAACGGAUGUCUAUGGGAAACGUAAAAUGACACUUCUGGAAAUACUGCUGAAUGUUUCCGUGGAUGGUCAUGGAUUGAGCAAUACAGAUGUUCGAGAGGAGGUGGAUACGUUUAUGUUUGCCGGUCACGAUACUACAACGGCUUGCAUCAGCUUCUGUGCGUACCACAUCGCUCAGAAUCCGCUAGUACAGGAUAGAAUCGUUUCCGAGAUGGCACAGAUACUCGGGGAGGACUUCAAAAAUGCGGAGUUAACCUACAGCUUGCUGCAGGAGCUGAAGUAUUUGGACAUGACAAUCAAGGAGGUAUUACGGAUUCAUCCGUCAGUGCCCUUCAUUGGCAGAAAAUCGGCUGAUGAUAUGGUUAUCGAUGGAGCCAAAAUUCCUGCUGGUAUUGACAUUGCCAUUAUGAUCUAUGCUAUGCAUCACAAUCCAGAGGUGUUUCCUGAUCCGGAAAAAUUCGAUCCUGAACGUUUCAAUGAGGAAAACAGCAGUAAACGACAUCCCUACAGUUACAUUCCGUUCAGCGUUGGAGAAAGAAACUGUAUUGGACAGAAGUACGCCUUGCUGGAAGUUAAGGCAACGUUGGUCAAACUGCUCGGAUUCUAUCGGCUGUUACCGUGUGAUCUGGAUAAGAAGGUUCGAGUUAUGGCUGACGUUACACUUCGUCCGGUGAAUGGGACUUUUGUCAAAAUUGAAGCUCGGUAAUUCAAGUCCUUGUUGUAUCUCCGGGUUACUAUCGGCUGCGAUGCUUCCUGAAUUGAUAAAUCAGGUUGACAAAAAAAUCAGUUUGUAAUCUAUAACAUUCCCCUUAUCGCAGAUAGCAACAACAAUAACUAACGCCCGAACAAACAAUGUUUCUAUUCAAUGAGUAGUUUUUUUUAAUAUUUUCGAAGUAAUAUAGUAGAAAAUACAAGUCACACGAGAAAGGCAUCAUCACACCACUAGGUUGAUUAAAACAUGUUUUUAUAUUAUUUAGAGUGUUUGGCAAAAUAUUGAAUAGCAAAAAAUCAAAAUCAAUAUUUUGCAUAUCUUCAUAAAACUGAGUCAAAAAUUAUAAGAAAAAUAUCUCAGUAUUUUUAAAUCCAUCGAAUUCUAUAAAACUACGUUAUUUCUGUACAUUAUUUCUUCUUUUUACCAAGAGUGCAAAAAUCUUCUUCAAUUUUUUGCUACAACAUAUCACAAACCUGUUUUACUCCACCUAUUGAUGCAUUGAUAUCCUUAUCGUAUAACUCAUGUUUUUCAUAAAUAUUACUAAGGGAAAACUUUAAAACACUUCGAGGAAUCUUGGAUAAAAACAAGAAUUAAGGUUUUUUUUUGCUGGUAUCUUUUUAGCAACACUGUUUUUUACCGAUCACGAGUGAAUCGUGUCUUGUGUCAUUUGCAAAUUGUUCAGUUUGAUCUAUAAUUCAAUCAAGAAUCGUCGUUUACUCUAUAAAUUAAUCAUUUAAUUAGAUACGUCAACAAGCAAACUUGACACUACCAAUGCAUCCCAAAAAAGUCACUGGUUGAUGUAGAUUAUAGGCCGGUGGCAUUAUUCGUGAAAUAUCGGCCGAUAUGGUGAGCCAAAAUUGUUCCUAAACCCGGCCAACAUUUGCAUGAUAUCAUCUUCAAACAUUAAAUUAUAUUGA